AUGAGUGAAAAUUUCAGUGACGAACGUCCUGCUAAAAAGAGGCGUGGAGGUAAAAAGGCAAAGAAACAGCAAGUUCUAAGAGAACGCUUUGAGCGUGGUGAGUUUGUUCCUAAGGCCUUCGUGAGCACAGGUGCAGGUUCAUCAGCUGAUCGUAGCGCUAAGAGCUCAUCCAUUGUUGCUUUUCCUAAGACUGUUGAAGCUGUCAUCAAAGAGGAUUCGGUGCCUGUCACUGCUGCAAAGCAACAAGGUCAAACCAACCCCAGCUUUUCGGCAAGUUCUGUUGAAGGAAAGGCAACUUCAUCUCAGUCAACUCCCAUCGUUUCAUCACCAAAGUUCCCUGGUUUGAGGUCCUCUGAGCUAAGUGUUCCGUCACCAAACUGUACUCCUGUUUUGACCACCUCUUUUGACUCUUGUGUUGUUGUUGUUCCAAAGGCAAAAGGUCUAGGUCCAGCAGCUUCUGAGUCUGUUGCGGGAAUCCCAAAGGCUGAGGGCUUAGCGUUUCCCCUCGCUCCUGUUGUUCCAGUUGUUCAGCCAAAAACACUUCCCAAAGCACCGCCCAAGCAGUCACUCAGUGCUCCCUUGGUGAAUCUUGGGAAGGCUGACGGUGGACCUGCGAUUGUGACGAGUAAGCCACCUCCUCCUUUAGAGGCACAACAACUGGUGACUGAGGCUAGAACUAAGGCCGCGGUUGAAGUUGCUCAGGUUCAAUCUCAAGCUGCCUCCUUUGCAGCUCACACCGCGUCUGAAGCUGCGCAAACUGUUGCUCAGACUCAGGCUAAUGCAGCUCAGGCCAUCAUGAAUCACGAAAGAGCCUUGGUGAAUCAAUUUGCAGAAAGGGAGAGAGACUUGGUAGCACAGAUUUGGGAAUUGCAGCAAGAGUUGAUUUCUGCUAGGGCUACAUCGUCACCUUCUUUGAGACAUAAUGACGCGGAAUUAAUGGCUAGGAUUGAUCAAUUGGUUGAAAGGAUGGGAACUUUUGAAUUCGAUCUCUUGAACAUCAAUCAGCGGUUGGUUGCCUUGGAACAAUGGGGUUUUGAGGAUAUUAAUGCUGUAGGUGAUCCGGAAGAAGAAUUGAUCCCUGACACAGGAAUUCCACCACCUCCAGUUCCCCCACUUAGCCCUGCCAGAUCUGCCAGGCAUGUACCAAGGUCAAAUCAACAAUCUGAGGAUGAUGAUGAUGAUGAUCCUGUGUCCAUGGAGGAUCAGUGCCUUCGGUGGAAAGAUGUAUCUUCGGUCAAACUUCCGCCAUUGCCAGACUCGGCGGGUGCAUUGCGAUCUUGGAAGAAUGCGGUGUUACCCAUGUUAAUAGCCCUAGAUAAGAGCGAUCAGAAUUUUCUCUACACUUGGUUAAUGGAAGCUUUUCAUGCCAAGCUGCCACAUGAAGUAGAGCAAUUGAGAUUUGACUCUGGGGGCUUUCCUCGUUUCGACCGAAUGCUGUGCAGUUGGCUGACCCGCGAUUCAUGUUUGCGUGGUUAUUUUGGUCCCCGCAUACAGUCGUAUUUGGAAGAAUCUAUGACACAAGGGUUGCAACUUAGAGGAAGAGUGUUGCUGAACAUGAUUAUUCGCGAAUUUGAUUUGGACGGAGCCCUAGGUGGGGUAGUGUCAUCGGUAGAACUUUUCCAAAUACCCAGUCCUGAAGGUGACCAGGCAUCACUAGUUUCGUUUCGAGAUAGGGUGCAAUUCAUUUUGGGUCAACUUCCAAUCACGGAUAGACCGCCAGAUGCAAUGCUUUCCAAAUGGCUUUUCGAAAGAUUGAAAAGAAUCAGGUCAAUGCAAAUUGUUUUGGAUCGUAUUCGAGAGUCAGGUAGCAAUGCUGUUGAAAGGUCAUUUGAGUAUCUUUGGGGUAGGCUGCAACGUCAAAUUGCGGAACAACAACAUGAAAAGAAUCUUUCCUCAAUUCAGGAAGGACUGCGAAAAGGACCCAAGAAGCUGGGAACUCCUGCCUCUCCUUCCAAAGUUUCCCCGGAUCCCAAGGCUGCUGUUGCCGCUACUCAGGGUGGUAAAGGAAAAGGGAAAGGGAAACCUAAAGGGAAAGGAGGGCUUGGUAAAGGAGCUCAGCCCAAGGCCAAAGCAGUUCCUGCUGCACCUAAGUCCAAGCCAGGCUUAGUUGCGAUGCUGGUAAUGGGGACCGCGGCCAAUGUCGCUACCUCGGCUUCAGUUGCUUCUUCAUCCUUUGACAUCGAGUUUGCGCUUGACAGUGGGGCUGGAGAAGAUCUUGCUUCCAUUCCUGCAUUUAUGCGUCAAGGGGUUUGUUGCGACACUUCUAGGUGUGUGACUGCCACCCGAGUAGAACACUGUGUGCCUAUCUUUACUGAAUCAGUUUCCUUUGUUUCAGGGAUGCCUGCAACCGUAGCAUCUGGCAUGCCGGCGUUCGACGCUGACGUUCCAGAAGGGUCGCUAGAUGUUCCUUUGAGCGAAGCUGUUGUUCCAGAAGUUGUCUCAUCAGAUCCUCCACAUGAACUUUCAGAUAUUGAGGGCAUUGAAGCUAUCAUUCGUGGUUCUGGUUCACCUGUGGGGCCCAUUUCGGGUGAUCUAGACAAAGCCGAAGGUGAUGAGCCUAAAGGCUCGCCACCACCAGCAUUUGAAGAGGGAGAUUCCAAGAUUCCUCCUCGCAUUCCAAUUGACCAUCUUUUGACUCAUCAACCAGCUCAUCCUUCGUGUGACGUUUGUAGGCAAGCAAAACUUCGUUCUCAUGCCCAUAAACGUUUUAAAAAUCAAUCCGAAGAUAAGCAGUUUGCCCAGAUUAUUGAAGCUCCCAGAUCCUUCUUGCAGAAAAUCGCAUGUGACCAUCUUGAGUCUACAAGUGAAGGGUUCCGGGGGGAACAGUACGCCCUGAUUUGCGUUGACGCCUAUUCAGGUGUCAUGCAUGCGUAUCCUGCUAAGGACAAAACCCAGGUGUCUGUCGAAGCCGCACUUAGGCAUUUUUGCAGGGAGAAUCGCUCAAUUGUGGCCUCCGACAGAUAUCCUAGUAUCUUGGCUGCUGUUCGUGACUUGGGUUUGUACCCUGACCCAUCAGUUCCCAACGAUCCACUGCAUAAUCCCCUUGCUGAAUCAGCUAUUCGGAAUGUACGUCAAGGUACCCGAUCCUUACUUUUGCAGAGCGGACUUGGGAUUGAGUUUUGGCCAAGGGCCAUGACAUGUUUCACAUAUCAGCAUGAUUUCACCACUGCAUUGUCUCACGAUCCCGAUGGUUUGCGAAACUUGGUUCGUCAACAAGAUGAUGCUUUACCAGAUGGGGUUGAAGGUCCAAUACCACCGCCAGUAGAGUAUGACUCUAAAAUUCACAUGGCUUUGCAAUAUCAACCUGAUACCAGAAUGGUUCCCUUUGGUGCCUUGGUUUGGUAUCUUUCGCGGGUUAAAGAUUUUGCUCCUAGUGGCAUUCCCGCUAUUUAUGUUGGUCCAGAGGUUUUGCCUGCCAUGCGUUGUAAGGAUGUCCAUAUCUUGUUUGAUCUUUCCUCGUUGACUCAGUCAGAUCGUGUUCGUGAGAUAGUAACCAAAGACUUUGUGACCCCCAGUGGUCGUUGGAUUUUCCCUUUCACACAUGUCCCCAUGCUGAAAAGCCUUUUACCCGAGAUUCCUCCGUCGCGUGCCCUUGUAGAUGAUGAAGGUGUUGAGGAUUUCAGGAAUCGCUCUAUCACCAAGCGACGUGUGCUGCAGUAUGGGCCUACUCCAGAAUGCGAUGGCUGCUUGCGUGGCACCUAUUCUCACACUGCUGCUUGUCGUGCGCGGUUUAAUGCCUUGUUAGAUGCUGCUGAGCCACUUGCUUUGGAUCCCGGGGGGGGUAUGUCGGCGGAGAUGGUGACGUGA